CGUUGCCUUCUUUUUGGUCGUGAUUUUUGGUGCAUUGUAUCACGGGGUUGGCGGUAUCCUGCUUCUAUUGCCAAUUCUCGUGAUCGACAGGUUUGCGCGUCUCUCACGCUUCGGUGGCAGCGUUUCAGUAGGCGCGGUCGAUCCGGCCACGGCUCGCCGCAUAGACGUACAGGCAGGCGGUCUGAAUGAACAACAGGAUCUGGCGGGUCAGCAGGAAAGUCCUCAUCUGUUGCAGCAAGAUCGGCAAUUAUUAGGGGAGGGAAGCAAUUCGAAGGCGAACGGGUCAACAUUUGAUGAGAGCCAGGUGGUGGGGAUGAGAAACCCUUCACCUGAUGAUGAACUACUCGAAGGAGGGGGCUCACGCUCAGGCGAGAAGAUGAAGUCUCAGAAUCGUACCACCACCAACUACGUGUCGGUCGAUGCUGAAGUCGUUUUUCAACAAGAUAGUGCUCGUGGGCAGCGCGGGAAGGUCACAACUUCUACGGAGCUAUCGAGUUUCCGGAUUUUCGAUUUGACCUCGUGGCGCUCGAAGUCCAACAAAGGAGCGACCAGCACUGGCGCAGCUUCUUCUUCUGAAUUAAUAGUACUGGAGCGCUACAUCGAGCUGAAUUUCGUGGGAAGUUCAGCGAGUUCUAGUGGCAGCCACAGCAGUAGUUGCGAGGAUGGGGAAGGAGCUGCGGGAAGAUCGACGCUUCCCGCUGGAGAAGAACUUGAGUCACUCGCUGUGGGACCUGCGCAAUUCUUUCUGUUAUCCGUGCCCCAGAUUUCGUGGUUGGAAGCGCACCCUUUCACUGUGUCUCGCUUCAGUCGGUUGUCGUGUUCCGGUUCCCAACGACGGUGGGAAUUCUCGCUUGUGAUCAAGGUCAUCGAGCAGUCUCCCGACAAGAGAGCCCACCUCCGCGAGGACCCCUCGCCGAGCAGUUUUUCUUGGACAGGUCGUCUAUUUUCCCUCUUCUCAGACGUCGCGCGAGAAGCUGAAGUGCGCGCACCAGCAGAAGAUCGCACUAGUUCUAGUCGAGAGAAAUUGACAAACUUUCGCGGAAAGAUUUUUCUCAAUCUGGAGGGCCCCUACGGCGGUCUUCCAUCCAUUCUCCGCGAGCAGCUGCUCACGAGCUGCAAUGUAAUUGAAACGGGAAGUUGUAGUCGAGCGUGUCCUACUCUGUGUAGCCGGAACACGUAUGACGAUUAUGAUCACGUACUUUUUGUAGCCGGAGGCAUUGGGAUCACAGCGAUUAAGAGUGUUGCGAGUUGGUUACUCGCCCGGAUUGCACCUAGUGCUAGUCCUACAACGGAUGCAGAGGACGGCCACUGCCAGCUUUCCCUCGUCUGGGUUACGAAAACCGUCAAGCUCGCACACGCAAUGUGCCGCAGUCGGCGGGACGCUGUGGAGAUCGCCGUGAUGCAAAAUCAUUUCACGAGCACUGGUGAGAGGAGUCUCGCUCCCAGCGAGCGUGGGGGGAUUCCGCAAACGAGUAGCUCCCUCGAAGCCUUGAGAAUCUUACAUUUUUUGAAGACGGAGCUCUUCUGCACGUCUCUGUCUCGGUCACGCGUAGAAGACCUAGGAGACAAAGAUCUUGUUGAUGCAAAGUACACCCCUGGAAGACCUGACAUGAGGAAAAUUAUGAUGCAGUGCUCGUGUCCAGCAGGCACGCAGCCUGACGCUGGACGCGCAGAGAGUACAAAAACAAGCGCAAGGGCACUAGCAUCAGCAACGCGCAAAAAGAUUUUGGUUUUCGUUUGCGGACCUGCAAGCCUUGUGAAAGCCGUCAGGAAAGAGGCGAGUGCUGCAUCCUUGGAGAGCGGUUUGCUUUUCGAUGUGUGGGCGGAAAAAUACGAGCUCUAGCAAUUUCUUGAGGAAUGAGGCACCAGAGGGAGGCACUAGCUUUUACUUCCUUAAACCUCUCGCAUUUAUCGGAUUAUUUUGAGAAGGCCAGAAACAUGUUCGUUGUAAAUCAUCAGUCACAUUGAUGUGACAAUCUCCAU